AUGAUUAGAGAUCAUAAAUCCGAAUGCACAAAUUAUGAAGGUCGAUUAAAUUUACCAGAAAACACAAGCAGUUUUGAACGGAUAGUAUUGAGCACCCUUAAACAUGUGGUAAAGAAUCAAGAAAACAUCCAGGCAGAGCUUGCCCUCAUUUCCGGAGCAGCAGUAGAUGAUGAAAUAGAAGACUUGCUUCCCUCUCCAGUAAAUUCUCUUGAGGAUUUCAUCCAAUGGGGAAUUAAAUUGGAGGAGAAGCAGUCCAGAAAGAAAUUGGCAUCUUUCCUUAUUGCUUUUGGAGGAGCGACAUGUCUAGAAACAGUGAGAAAUAUUCUGAAGAAAACAGUGACUAACAAUAUACUAUCUUUGUACAGCUUGAGGGGAAAAAAGGGGAAAAAGGUCUUUCAGGACCAUAACUUGUACAGAGUUCUUAUAAGAGCAUGUUUUAAGUUGCACAAGUGCAAAAGACAGGAAAUAGAAGAUUGCAUGAUUGAGGUGUUAAAGCAUGCUCCUCAUAUGCCGGGAGGACCUAAAUACAAGAAACCAGCUUCAAGAAGAAGAGAGGAUAUAUCAGACUCUGAGUGACUCUUUAAAUGACUCUUUAAUGAUACAAAUUAUAUAAAUGAUAAAUAAUAUAUGAUAAUGUAUAAUAUAUAUACAUAAUAUAUGAUCAAAUUAAAUAUGAAAACACAUCUUUA